AUGGAAAUUGCUGAUACUGAAAUUCAACUUUCAGAAAGUCUUCAACAUUUACAACAAAUGUUGAAUGGAUAUAGUAAUGGACAAGGAAUUGUUACAUCGAAAUUUUUAUAUCAAAUAAAAGAAAUAAUAGAAGCUUCUAAAAUGGUUGUUGAAACUACAAAAAUUAUUACUCGGGAAAUAUUUUUAAAAGAACCAGCAUUAAGAAAUGAAUUAGUUUCUCUAUCUAUUGAAAUUGUAGAUGCAUAUAUUGCUUUAGAAAAAUUAACUAAUACAUUAAAAUAUAAUUUAAUGGAUGAAACAACUCCAUCAGUUGUUAUGUCUAGUUGUGAGAUAAUAGCAUUAAAUUCUGCAACAAUUUUACAUAUUUUUAAUGGUUCUUCAUUUACUCGAUUAUUUUCUGAAUCACAUUCAUUACUUGAAAAACUAGAUCAAGUUACUCCUUCAUCUAUUACUAAUUAUACUACUUCAACUAUCAUCGCUGAAAUAGCUGUACAACUCCAUACUCAUUUAACUCAUUUAUUAACUCAAGUUAAUUUAUCAACAGAUGAACCACAUCAAUUACAUUCUCUUCAUCAUUUAUUAUCAGAUCAAUAUGCUACAUUUAUUUCUGCAUUUGAUGAAUAUUUAAUUUCAAAUAAAACAACAGAAAAAGCAGAACUUGUUUUUAAAGCUUGUAAAGAACUUUCAACAUCUCUUAAGAAUGAAAUUCAUUUAAUAUCACCAGUACAUCCAUUACCAUCACGUCCAUGGAAAGGAACACGUUUAAGAGCAACAGAACUUCUUAAAAGUGAAGAUUUUGAAGGAAUUACACCAAUAUUAUUAAAAUGGGAUUUUCCUACACCAAGAGUAUUACCAUUAAUUGAUUCAUUAGAAAAAGCAGUCCGUGCAGGUGCAUAUGAUUCAGCUGAUGAUACUAAAGUAGAAUUAUUAGAAUAUUUCCAACAAUUUGCAACAGGAGGAAUAAUGAAAUAUCAAGAAGAUCCAUGUAGAGAACAAACUGCAAAAAUGUUACAAUUAACACUUCAUAAAUUUGAAUCCAAAUAUUGGAAAUUUAAAGAUAAAAGAGAUGUUGGAUUUGCAUUAGCAUCAUUAGAAGAAACAUUAGUACCAUCAUCAUUAGAAGAAGAUAUAGUAAUACAAGAAAUUAAAGAAAUUGGAGAAUGUCUUCGAUAUGGUACAUUAAAUUCACUUUAUCUAUUACCUAAAUAUUCUGAAAAAUUAAGAUUUUUAGGAGCACCAAAAGUAACAAUAGGAAAUAUUGAUUCAAUUCAAAAUAUAUCAAAUAUUGAAGAAUUACAAGAAUUUUAUAAUAAUUUACCACCAUUACCUGAUAAUGAUGCAUUAUUAGUAUUAAAAGAGAUGGUAAUAGAAUUAAUAAUUCUUGAUAUUUUAUUAACAUCACCUGAUUAUCAUAAUGAACAAUUUGAAUAUUUAACUCAAAGAGUUGUUCAUUCAGUUACUAAAAUUACACGAUCAAGUCUUUUUUUAGCAUAUCUUAUUGAAAAUCCAUUUAAUAGAGAAAUUUGUUUAUUAGCAGCUAAAAGUAUUGAACAAUCAAUUACAGAUAUUGCAUUAUUUUUAAAUGAAUUAGUUAGAGUUAAAAUAAGAGAAGAAAGAGAUUGGGUUGUUAAACAAGAUAUUGUAAAAUUUAUUCGUGGUGUUGAAAUAAUAAUGUUUUAUAGUCAACCACCUCCAAUUUAUCAUGCUUAUAACUUAGUAGAAAAUAUUGUUAGAGAUGCUGAAGCACUUCAAGUUUAUCAAUUUGCAAAUAUUUCAAAAGAAGUUGAAUUUAGAAUAAAAGAAAAUUAUGAAGAAUUUAAAAUUUGUGUUCAUCCUAAAAAUUGUAAUUCUGAUUUACUUUCACCUUCAUUAAUAAAUGAAUUUUCUUCUGCAAUUGAACUUUUAGAUGAUACUGAAAUAAAAAGAAUUGGAACAGAAAUAUUAAAAUUACUUAAAAAACAUCAUUGUGGUGAUUUAAUUCGUGUAAGUAUUAAUGUUGCUACAAUGUGUGCACAACAAUCGUGUUUGUCUGUUUUUGAAAAAACAUAUGAUGGUAUUACAAAUGCAAUGAAAGCUUUUACUUUAGAUGAACAAUUUUUAUUUAAACAAAUUAAUGAAGAAUUUGUAAGUAAAGGAAGAGCUGUUGUAAAAGAUCAAAGUAGUAUUGAAGAAAUGUAUAAUGCAUCUACUCGUUUAAGAAAAGCUUUAGAUAAUUGUUUUAUUGUUGAUGAAGUUAAUCCAUUACAAUCUGGAUGUAGAGAAGUUCGAGAAGUAAUGUCAUCUGUUCAAAGUGAAGUUGUAAAAUUAAUUGUUCCUGACGUUGAAGUUAAAAAGAUGUAUAAAAAAUUAGAUGAAAUUAAUCAUUUAAUUUUAAUUAAAAAUUGGACUGAAGCACUUGAAUCAGAAUUAGUAGCAUUAUUGACUAUUUAUCAUGGUGAUAAAGAUUUAAAAGGAAGAAUUAUUACUACUUUACAAUUACUUGAAUUAUUAUUAGAUUUCUUUGCUCAAAAUCAUGUUCUUUAUAGCAAACUUGAAAAUAUUAAAAGAAAAAUUGCAACUGGAUUAAUUUUUAUUAAAUGGGGUUAUUCUGAUAUUGUUGAUGUAAUUCAAGAAAUUAAUGAAGUAUUAGAUGAACAAGAAUAA